GAGUGAACUACAGCUUGUGAUUUCAAAUUUAAUAUUGAGAAACGCUGAGCAAGAAAAUGAAGUCGUUUACGUGUCUUGUGAAUAUUUCGUACAUAAUACUAUUAUUCGUUUUGUUGGGCAAAUUUAGCACAGCAGAACUGGAACAUGACAAGAAUCGCCGUGGCGCCAAUAUGGGCUUGUAUGCGUUUCCACGCGUUGGACGGAGCGAUCCCAGCCUGGCCAACAGUCUACACGACGCCAACGAUGCGGCAUCUGCCUAUGAGAGUUUCUACAGCCUAAGCGAUGCGUCUCCAGAGGAUUUCGAAGAGUUCCAAAAGCGCGCCAGCCUUGUGCCGUUUCCUCGUGUCGGUCGCGGCGGGGAUGCAGAACUGCGCAAAUGGGCACAUCUUCUAGCGCUGCAACAGGCGCUGGAUAAGCGCACUGGACCCAGCGCAUCCUCUGGCAUGUGGUUUGGCCCACGUCUGGGCAAGCGCAGCGUCAGUGCCAAGGAUUUUUCAGCGGCAGCCAAUGCACAAAAGGAACUGUACUAAGACCAAACUAGCAGUCGCAAUCUAAACCUUUGACAGACACAAGCACAAUGCAUAUGAAUUAUAAUUAAUUUAAUGGGUAUAUAGCAAAUAUGUAUUUUAUAUUAUAAUGGGCUGGUCUGGGCUUUCAAUGCUUGAUAUCUUUACCUAUGAUUUGAACCCCCGAAAUGCUUAACACAUGUAAAUACUGUGCAAUAAAUUCAAACAAUAGUAUGCAGCAUUG